GUUCCAUCGGAGGUGCGACCAUAUUUCUAUUUGAUAUAAAAAGAAAAUUGGGAAAAUCGAACUUAGAUUUUGGGAAAGUGGAAACACCAACAAUAACAAAACAUACUAAAUUUCUGGGAAAAACAGUUGUCACGAGACGUACACUGUCAGGAUCAAAUACAACGAAAACACUUCAAGUCUCGUCAUGCAAAAUUAUUUCUUCUUUUCGUCUCAUGUUCUGUUGUUAUUCAAAGAAUGGCAAAUAGACAGUGUGGGUGUUUUGGUUGGCGCUUUCGUGGGUUUAUUUUUGUUUACAUUUCUGUACGAAAUUGCAAGUUUUUAUCAGUCGCGCUAUGCUAAUGGUGGGGCUAUAAAUUCAACCAGAAGCGACCAGACUCGAUGCAACGAAAGCGAAGAACCUUAUAGCUAUGGUACUUUUAGAAGUGGUCAUCCGAGGACAGUACCAUCAAGUGAAGACACGGAAAAUAUAAUUCCUCUUCAUGUGCGUGUAAAACUUGCUUUGACAUCAAGAUAUAUCUGGAGCAGUUUGUCAUUUCCAUUCAUGGUGGCUGCAAAUUAUUUCAUUAUGCUGGCUGUGAUGACUUACAAUGCAUGGUUGUUGAUAGCAGUGUGUUUGGCAAGUGGUUUAGGAUACUUUCUGCUCCGUGCUGAUAAUGAUAUUCCACCUGUGAAACCUCAAAAUGAUGGUAAGCAGUGUAACAUUGUCAGGACCGCCCACAGCUUUUUUGGAGCCAAGGGCAACACUCUGUUUGGGGCCCCACCCAAUGCUGCAGGAAUGUUAAUAUUUUCUUUAACAUUGGAGGAGGCCUUAAGCCUGGGGCCCAGGGCAAGUUGCCCCUUUUGCCCAACCCCCCUCCUGGGUGGCUCUGAGUGUUGUCAGGUAGCUGUGGUGUGAAGGGUGUACUAACUACCUGAAAAAUAUAAGCAAGUAAUUAUGAUGAAGGGCCUUGGCUCAAAACAUUGAAGUUUUGCUUAUAAUUUUCAGAUUAUAGUUGUAUGUGGCUUUGGUGGCCAAGUGGUUAGCACACUUGCUUUUCACCUCUGAGGCUGCAGGUUCAAGCCUCAGUGAGAACUUUCUCAAUGUGACUUGAACCCAGUCCUCAUGUGAAAAGAGUAAAAGUCAACGCUCUGCCAAAAGUCGUGGGUUCUCUCCGGGUACUCCGGUUUCCUCCCACAGGGAAAGUUGACAGGGUGGGUUAGGUAAAAAGGGCCCACAGUAAUUGGCAUAUGCUGUUGUGGUGACCCUGCCCUAGUUGGCAAAGCUAAAUAAAUAAAUACCCUUCACACCACAGCUGUCUUUUAUCACCACUACCUUAGACUGGCACCAACCUUUUGAAAUGUUAUCAGGGGUGCCUAAACCUCAGGUGCAGUGGGGGGGGGGGGCAGUUGCCUUCUCCACUCUUCACCCAUGGGGACCACUGAUCUAGAAAUGGUUAAGUAUUUCUAGAUCAGUGAUGGGGACAAUCAAGGGUAAACUGUUCCAAAUGCUUAUUGCAUGAUUGGACCGUUGCCUUUCAAAUCGAGAUUCUCCCCGAUUCCCUGCACAGACAACAGAGUUGGUUGAGAUCUCUGAUUGGAGUGUGAUAUCCAGGGAUGAGCCGAUUACUGAAAUUGCAGAUUAGCCGAUUUGAUUAAUCGUUGGCCAAUAAUACCAAAUAAUCAGCUGAUUAAUCAGCCAUAGCCAAUUAUUCACAUUUACCAGUAGGCAUUAGUUGUUCAGGUGAACCACAAAUGCUUUUGAGUGUUAAAAUCAAACUUCAGAAACUAAUGUAGCAAAGCACUUGGCUACAGUAUCUCUGGCAUUCAUUCACGUCUCUUCCUCCCUUCUAAAGCUAUAAAUACAAAUUGAAAAGUUUUCCACUUCUUUUUCAUGACAUUCUCUUUUGUCUCAUGUAAUGGUUGUCUGUGCACACAAUGUUUUCCACUAAGAGGAAAUCCUGCUACACACAUGGUCAUGGGGGUCACAUGAUUGUAUAAGUGUAAAUUUUCCCACUUAAUCGUGUUUCCCAUGAAGAGAUAAGAGAGGAGAUAAAUGCAAGAUGGUAUUUAUACAUAUUUGUGUUGCAGCUGCAUGUCGCUCUAUAACGUGAAAAGAUUGUUAAACAUGUGCAAAAAGCCAAAAACACAAUGAAUACACAGAUUUUCAUUUAUUUCUAAUGAAAAAAGAAAGAGAGAGAGAGAGACUUUGUUUAUAGAGGAUGACACUUGACAGUACGAACACUGAUGACUCCAUGGUCCUCUGGAAACCUAUGUGCCUAACCCACCCAUGUCAACUUUCCCUGUGGGAGGAAACAUGGAGUACCCAGAGAAAACCCACGACUUUCGGCAGAGCGUCGACUUUUACUCUUUUCACAUGAGGUCUGGGUUCGAGUCACAUUGAGAAGUUCUCACUGAGAUUCGAACCUGCAGCCUUAGAGGUGAAAGGCAAGUGUGCUAACCACUUGGUCCAACUGGUCAAUAAUCGGCAAGUGGCCGAUUACACAGAAAUAAUUGGUUGAUUAAUCGGCUCAUAUCCCUAGUAAUAUCUGUUUCCAGUAGAGGAUUAUAAGAGGUACCGAAAGAAGGAAAUGAACUGACACAUGUAUCCAUCAGAGAGAUCCAUGCCAUUGUUUGAUUUGAGAAUUUGAUGAAAAAUCUGAUCACACAUGAAUUCUGAUUUCAGUCCUUUUAUAUGUUGAUUGGUCAAUUUGAUGGCAGGGGAGCACUUUUCACUUGGCCCCCUACUUAAAAGGGGCCCUUAAAAUUUCUGGAUAGAAGAUCACUUUUAUACUGAGAAUAUAAACCCUAGCUGCGUUAGUGCUGGAUAAUAUUCAAUAAAGUGUAAUAUAUUGUAAAACACAGCUUCUCCUGUUUUACAAUUACGAUAUCUUCCCCCCUGGGACGAUAUGUUGUAAAAAAUAUUUUUUAUAUUUUAGGCACGACGACACCACUUUUAUCCAGUGAUGAGAAACUUGUAUUACAUGCAUAAGUAUGCUUACGUGAUGUGGCAACCAUAGCGAUGCUGCCAAACUAUGAAUAUUGAUAUAUGGGAAAUUGAAACAUUAAAAAAGUAUUAUAAAUUGUAAAUUAAGUAUAUAUUUUUAUAUUUUUACAUAAAAAUAACAAAUGUUGAAUUAUUCGUGUGUAGAAUAAAUUAGCUGCAAGUAUAUUUUCAUUUUUUGGCCAUUAUUCAUAGAAUACCUGGGUCUGGUACUUUCCUAACAAUGAUAAGAAUUACAUGUAGCAAUACUGAUUAGAGGUUAGAUGGUCAAUUAGAACUAAUUAAAACACAUACAUAUUAUAGAAGGCUUUACCGUAAUUGGAAUUACAAGUUAACUUUAUUGGCAAAUUAUUUGUAUAUGUUAAUAUUUACGUUUUCCGAAAUUUUGAAAUAUGUAAUAUAAG